CCUCGCGACUCACACAGUCUGAGGGCCGCGUCCGACCCGGAAGCGCGGGCGUCACGUGGCGCGGCGUGGUCCGCUGCCGUGGAAACGCAGGGCACGUGUUACUUCAGGAGCUGGGCCCUCGGGCUCAGACCUUGGGGCAGGGAAAGAGGCUACGGUGGGGAUACAAUGCUGUGCGUCCGAUGGCUGGGCGGCCUCGGAGCCGGGGUAGCGGCUCUGCGGCCGGGGCCAGCAGGCCCAAUUAGCUUCCGAGCUGGGAUCCGGGCCCGAAGGGUCAGCACCAGCUGGUCCCCGGUGGGCGCCGCCUUCAAUGUCAGGCCCCGGGGCCGCCUCCUGGACCAGUUCGGCGAGCAUCGGGGUCUCUUUGGCGUCCCUGAGCUCAGUGCCCCAGAAGGAUUUCGAGUCGCACAGGAGGAAGCCUUGAGAAGGACAGAGAUGCUGUUGGAGCGGGCGUGUUCCACCCCCCCUGGGCCAGAGACUGUGUUCAUCUUUGAUGAACUCUCUGACACCCUGUGCAGAGUGGCCGACUUGGCCGAUUUUGUGAAAAUUGCACACCCCAAACUGGUGUUCAGAGAAGCUGCAGAAGAAGCCUGCAGGAGUAUUGGCACCAUGGUGGAAAAGUUGAACACGAAUGUGGAAUUAUACCAAAGUUUGCAGAAAUUAUUAGCUGAUAAAAAGCUUGUGGACUCCCUUGAUGCUGAAACCAGGCGAGUGGCUGAACUGUUCAUGUUUGAUUUUGAAAUCAGUGGAAUCCAUCUAGAUGAAGAAAAGCGUAAAAAAGCAGUGGACCUUAAUGUUAAAAUCUUGGAUUUGAGUAGUCAGUUUCUUAUGGGAACCAACUUUCCCAUCAAGAUUGAGAAGCGUCUCUUACCGGAACACAUUCACCAUCACUUUGUGCACGACAAGAAUCAUAUAGUGGUCGAUGGUCUACACGCAGAAGCCCCGGAUGACUUGGUUCGAGAAGCUGCUUAUAAAAUUUUUCUUUACCCCAAUGCUGGCCAAUUAAAAUGCUUAGAAGAAUUGCUCAGUAGCAGAGAUCUUCUGGCGAAGUUGGUGGGGUAUUCUACAUUUUCUCACAGGGCCCUUCAAGGAACGAUAGCUCAAAACCCAGAGACUGUCAUGCAGUUCCUUGAGAAACUAUCUGACAAACUUUCUGAAAGAGCUAUAAAAGAUUUUGAGAUGAUGCAAGGGAUGAAAAUGAAACUAAAUCCUCAGAAUUCUGAACUGAUGCCUUGGGAUCCCCCCUAUUACAGUGGUGUGAUUCGUGCAGAGAGGUAUAAUAUUGAGCCCAGUUUAUACUGUCCAUUUUUCUCCCUUGGAGCAUGCAUGGAAGGCCUGAAUAUCUUGUUUAACAAACUGCUGGGCAUUUCGCUAUAUGCAGAACAGCCUGCCAAAGGCGAGGUGUGGUGCGAAGACGUCCGGAAACUGGCUGUUGUUCACGAAUCUGAAGGAUUGUUGGGGCACAUUUACUGUGAUUUUUUCCAGAGAGCAGAAAAACCGCAUCAGGAUUGCCAUUUUACAAUUCGAGGAGGCCGAUUAAAGGAAGAUGGAGAAUAUCAACUCCCAGUUGUAGUUCUUAUGCUGAAUCUUCCCCAUUCCUCAAGGAAUUCACCCACUUUAUUAACUCCUGGGAUGAUGGAAAAUCUUUUCCAUGAAAUGGGACAUGCCAUGCACUCAAUGCUGGGACGAACUCGGUAUCAACAUGUCACGGGGACCAGGUGCCCCACGGAUUUUGCUGAGGUUCCAUCUAUUCUGAUGGAGUACUUCUCAAAUGACUAUCGAGUGGUUAACCAAUUUGCCAGACAUUAUGAAACUGGGCAGCCGCUGCCAAAAGCCAUGGUGUCUCGUCUCUGUGAAUCGAAGAAGGUUUGUGCUGCUGCAGACCUGCAACUCCAGGUUUUUUAUGCCACUCUGGAUCAAAUCUACCAUGGGAAGCAUCCUCUGAGGAAGUCAACCACAGACAUUCUCAAAGAAACACAGGAGAAAUUUUAUGGCCUCCCCUAUGUUCCCAAUACUGCCUGGCAGCUGAGAUUCAGCCACCUGGUGGGUUAUGGUGCCAAAUACUACUCUUACCUGAUGUCCAGGGCCGUAGCAUCCAUGGUUUGGAAGGAAUGUUUUCUACAGGAUCCUUUUAACAGGGCUGCUGGAGAGCGCUAUCGCAGGGAGGUGCUGGCCCACGGUGGGGGCAGGGAGCCCAUGCUCCUGGUUCAAGGUAUGCUGCAGAAGUGUCCUUCUAUUGAUGACUUUGUGGAUGCCCUUGUUUCUGACUUGGAUCUGGACUUUGAAACUUUCUUCAUGGAUUCUCAAUAAUGGAAACACCUUGUAUCUUUUAAUCUAGCUCAUACAGAUAUUAACUGUUGGAAAUGCUAUAGUUGUGCAAACUUGUUUCUGAUUUCGUUAUGCACUUGUGUAAUAAGUUCUGGCAAACCUCAAACUGAUGGAACUUGGAAUAAAUAAUU